AUGGAUGCGACCGGCACCUCCAACACAGACUGGCUGGAGAGAAUGGGCGUUGACGAGAGGGCGAUCUUCUGGUGUGGCGUGAUGCUGGGAAUCUCGGCGGUCACACUGGCCACCGGCACAGCAGUUCUCAAGAUCGCGACGAUCCGUAGCAAGCGAGCUGCCCGCCGACAAGUCGCUGACGCUCCCAGCACAGACCUCGCGAAGGCCGAGACCAUCGGCUCAACGGUGAGCUUGCAGGACGUGCAGCCCCUGAAAGCAGCGCAACCACAGAAGCAAGCCAUUGGUCAAUUGAGGCGCGGUCGCCAGCUGCUGGCAGUUUUCCUCUCAACAUUUGGCCUCUGUCUGGGUCUCGUACUAGCCAGCAUUGCAGACGGCAGCUUGUCCAAAGAGACAGGCCUGGCGUGGGAAAGGUACGCCGUGCUGCUCUCCUUAGGUUGUGUCUGGUUGCUUUCCCAGGCCGCGAUGGCCGCAUGCACACUGGAAACAGGGCGUGGCUACGCCACAACCGCGUUCGCCGAAGCCAUGCUCGCAGGGGUAUGCCCAGUGAUAGCCGAUUCCUUCGACACCCUCAAGGACACCAUCUUUGGGGGUUUGUGCCUGAAAUCUUCGCACGUUGCCUUGCAAGUAGUGGGGAUCCUUAGCUGGGCAUACCUCGUGGGCUUUCACCUCGUUUUUAUCACCGAAAUCCGUUUUAUGGCUGAGCUAGCGGCCAGCCACCUCUCGAUGACAGCGAUGCCCACCAUCGACGUUAUCAACUGCUCGCCCCCCAAGAUUACGCGAGUUGAAAAGCUGAUUGCUCUAGCCGCAAAGCAGAUCAGCAAGACGAAGCGGGAUAUGUUGAUGGUGGAGAACCUGCCUCAGGCGGGGUUCGCUGUUCUCUACCUGGCAGUCGAGGGUGGGAGCCCGCUCGUAGCAACACUGAGCCUGGGCAUCCCAAGCGCCCAAAUCCUAGCCUCGUGUUGCCUGCACCAUAGAAUUCAGAGAAGGCUGGUUCCCUGGUACGCCCUGCGUUUCGACGCGGCCGUGGACGCGGCCGACAAGGUGCUUUUCCGGCGUUUGCACGGUGAAAUCUCCGGCAAUCCGGAGUUGUGUUUAGAGAUCGCGCUUCUCACCCGUCACUUCGGAGCCAUCCUGGAAGCCCGCAGGGCGCGCCUCCAAAGCACCGGAGAAAGAGAUGAUGCCGCCCAGGUUGCCACUAGACUCCUGGGAAGCGCGAAUUUGGGUAUUUUGGAUCUGAACGGCUUCAAAAACUGGGAUGUGGCGACCGUGGAGGCGCUGAUGCGGCACGUCAGGCAAACACCGUGGGUGAUCGAACUUGUGCUUCGGGAGUGCCAAAUGGAAGCCUCCCUGGCGCCAGCCCUGGAGCGCGGCCUCCGUGGGAUCCGAGGCCUCAAAGAGCUUUCUCUGUCCUACAAUCCCCAGCUCGGGAAUCCGGGGGCCGAGGCCCUGGCCGCGGCGCUCCCCCACUGCGGCCUCGAAAGGCUUUUCCUGGACUCCAUCGGGGUCGGAUCCGAGGGCACGGAGGCGCUGCGCCGGGCCCUCGAGGAAGGCGCUGCGCUGAAACGGCUCGACCUCGAAGGAAAUGACGCCAUCGGCGGGGAGGCCAAGGCGGCCCUCAAAACAUGCUGCCAGAGCCGGGGAGUCGAUCUGUGGAUUUAG